GUCUGAUGAACGCCCGCUGAUGAAGUGUUUACUGGAGCCAAUCACAAUCCAGCUCUCCCAGGAGUGAUCUUAAGGUGGAGUGUCGUGCGAACCCCGCCGGGGAAUGAGGGACUCACAGAAGCGAUGGCUACCAAGCAAUCAAAUCUUGAAGAAGACCUCUCCUGCCCCAUCUGUGGAAGCAUCUUUGAAAAGCCGGUGGUGCUGUUUUGCAGACACCGCUUCUGUAAACAUUGUCUGGAGAGCCUUUGGGACGGCGUGGGAGCUUGCGCAUGUCCUCUCUGCUGUCAGCCAUCAUCUAUGGGGGAGCUCAUGGUCAACACCACGCUCGAGAAGACCUGCGAAGGCUUUCUGAAGGAGCGCUCCAAAAAUGAUCCUAUGGCAUGCAAGGAACAUGGAGAGAGAUUGAGUCUCUUCUGUUUGGAGGACCUGGAACCCACUUGUAGCAAAUGCAAGUCUCUGGGCAACCACAAGGGUCACAGGUUAUAUUCUUUAGAUGAGGCCUCACAGGACUGUAAGGAGGAACUCAAAAACGCACUAAAACCUCUUCGAGAAAAGCUAAAGCUCUUCCAGAAAGCUCAACUUACCUGUGAGCAAACAGCAGAACACAUUAAGAAUCAGGCAGAUCAUACAGAGAUUCAGAUACGAGCCGAGUUUGAGACGCUGCAUCAGUUCCUGCGGGAUGAGGAGGCAUCCAGGCUCUCCAUGUUAAAGCAAGAGAAACUUCAGAAGAGCCAGAUAAUGAAAGACAAGAUUGAAGAUCUGGAAAAUGACAUUACAUCUCUCACCAACACUAUAAGAAGUAUCGAACAGGAGAUGAGAGCUCAGGAUGUACCGUUCCUCAAGAAUUACAAGGACACUAUAAAAAGAACCUGGCGUAUUCCCCAGGAUCCAGAGAUGGUAACACGCUCUCUCCUUAAUGUAGCCAAAUACCUGGGCUCCUUGAAGUUUAAAGUCUGGGAAAGAAUGAAGGAUAUUAUGAAAUAUACUCCAGUGAUCCUCGACCCAAACACCGCAGCAAGCUGUUUCCUCCUGUCAGAAGAUCUGACCACAUUACAGUGCUGUUCGCAGACCUAUAAACUCCCAGACAACCCCGAGCGCUUCGAUGUGAGCGCUGAGAUGCUGGCCAGCGAGGGCUUCAGCUGCGGCCGCCACAGCUGGGACGUGGAGGUGAAAAACAACACCUACUGGGUCAUCGGAGUGGCAAGCGCGUCCAUCAACCGGAAGGGAAAGCACGUGCUGACCCCAGCAGAAGGAUUCUGGACCAUCCGACUGCGUAAUGGAGAGUACAAGGCCUGUACCGCCCCGUGGUCUCCGCUCAAUCUGAACAGGGAGCUGCAGGUAGUGAGGGUUGUAUUGGACAUGGACAGAUCUAAGGUGACGUUCUAUGACCCACGGGAGAGAACGGCGCUGUUCAACUUCACUGACAUCAUCAUUUCGAGAGCAUUCCCCUACUUCUGCAGCGCCUGUAAGGAACACCCGUUAAAAGUGUUGCCGGCGAGGGUGUCUGUAAGUGUAGACUGAUAGGCCUGUAAAAAAUGUCCCGCUCAGCACUUCUCGGUCCAGGCCUAUACUCAUGUUACAUGUGUUGUAUGUGGGCGAGUUAGAUAAAAAUAACAUUUCCACAUGCUUUGGAGUUUAGGAAAGCUGGUACACUCUUGAAAAUGGGAAGGUGCUAUAAAAGGUUCCACAAAGAAGUUCUUAAAAGAACCACGUCUUUCUUAGCUUUUAUAGUCUGUAGAACCUUUCCUGCUACAAAUUGUGCUUCUAUUGUAUUGUGUAGCACCUUUAUGUUUUUAACAGGUUGAUUUAGACAACAAGGUCGUGUUUCACACCAAAAUCAACAGCAAAAUAGGAACCUUACAAAAAAAGGUUCUUCAACAGGUUCUUUGAUGCCAUAGAAGAACAUUUUGGUUCCAUAAAGAACCUUUAACACCUGAAGAACCUCUCUGUUUCACGAAACAUUCUUUGGGACGAAAAAAGUUCUUCAGAUUAUAAAAAAGUAAGAGAGAGAUGGCUCUUUAAAGAACCUUUGACAGAAUGGUUCUUUUUGGAACCUAUGACAUCGCUGUGAAUGUGUAAGUUAAUGUUUUAGAAUCAUUUUCUUGACAAUACAAUACAUUUUGU